GAAUAAAUUAUAAAUAUUUUUUUUCUUUCAGGUAAACCCAAUCACAAUGACCCAACACAUCCAGACUAUGUACCCUCUGUGUUUAAACACACACUAAGUACAGUUAACAAACAAAAAAAGAUGAGCAGAUACAACAGUGCAGUUAAAAGGCGUCGCCUGUGUUAUCCACCAACUAACAAUUCUGUUACCGGUACUACUACUACUACAUGCGAUAUAAAUCCUGUUGUGGAUGCUGAUGAGACAUCGUCUACUAUAUCACAGUUCGAAAGAGAAAAUGAAGAAUUAGCAGCAGCAGAGACUCUUUUAAGCCUUUCUAUCUUAAGUACACCUACUUCAUACUCAACCCCAUUAACAGAACGCGAGAAAACCAUGAUGUUUAAUGAAAUGGAUGCAUUGCGAGCUGAGAGAGAUGCAGCAUUAAGCAAGCUAAAAGAGACUGAAGAAAAAUUAGAAAAGGCUUCAUUUACUGCUAGCUCUGUGCGAGGCAAUGAUGUCAAAUGCAAAUGCAGUACUGGCUUAUCAUGGACAGUUUUCCUCACAACUUUUAAUUACCUCUCUAAUUUCAUUUCAACUGUUAGGCAACGUCAACAUAUUAUACCACCAAUUGACCAGUUUUUUAUUACACUCGUAAAA